ACUAUAACAUAACUAGAAAAUGGAGAGCACCCAGAGAAGUUUAAGCGUGUUGGUACUGUGUUUCUGUUUCCUGCUAAUGGGAACGAUGCUAGUGAGUGGUCAGAGUGCAAACAACGUAAGAGCAACAUACCAUAACUACAACCCUCAGAAUAUAGGCUAUGAUUAUAACAAAGCAAGUGUUUACUGUGCUACAUAUGAUGCUAAUAAGUCAUAUGCAUUUCGUAGCAAAUACGGUUGGACUGCCUUUUGUGGACCACAGGGGCCUCGUGGCAGAGAUUCUUGCGGCAAAUGCUUGAGGGUGACAAAUACUGCAACCGGUGCUCAGAUAACAGUGAGAAUAGUUGAUCAGUGCUCUAAUGGUGGACUGGAUUUGGAUGUGAAUGUCUUCAAUAGAAUUGAUACCAAUGGAGCUGGCUACCAGGCGGGUCACCUUACAGUUAAUUAUACCUUUGUGAAUUGCGGUGAUUAAUUCAUUCGGUUAUGUGAAUGAAUCACUGUCAGUAAUAAUAAGAAAUAAUACGCAGUUGUACUGCUUCCUAAUAAGAUCAUAAAUAAAACAAACCGUGUUAUAUACAUGCAUGUAUACUUAAUUGCAGGGCCGUCUCAACUUUUUCGGAGGCCCUGUG